CUGUCAGAUUUUCGGAUUGUUUUGUGAACGUGUGUGUGUGUGUUGUUUCCACAUGCAUGUGUUUCGUUGUUAUUUAUUCUAAAUUGCGAAGUUUGUGAAGUACAACAACCAGACAAUUAUUUAAUUUAAGAUGAAACUACAGGUGAAAACUCUCAACCAGAAAUCCCUUGUUGUGGAGAUAGAUGAAACAAAGACAGUAUAUGACCUGAAGAAAGAAUUGUCACUGUACCCUGAUGUGGGGGUCAAGCCAGAAUUGCAGAAAUUGAUUUAUGCCGGUAAAAUUCUUAGUAAUGAGGACAAAAUCAGUUCGUACAACAUUGAUGUGAAAAAGUUUCUGGUUAUAAUGAUUUUGAAGCAGCCUCUGCCACUGAUAGAAAAGCCAGAUGUGUCGACUCCUCCAAAGGAAGAGAAACCAAAAGUGGAAGACAUAAAACCCAAAGAGGAAACCCCAGACCAAGAAUUUAAGACGCCUCCUCCACCAGCACCAGUGUCUACACCAACAGCAUCCGCAACGAGUAAUCCAGAAACUGAUGCCAUGGUAGCUCAAAUCGUCAGUAUGGGCUAUGUGGAACAUGAUGUUCGUAGAGCCCUAAGGGCAAGUUUUAACAAUCCCGAAAGGGCCAUUGAGUACUUGAUUGAAGGCAUUCCCACGUCGCCAUCUACACCUGAGGGCGAUAGCUAUACAGAGACCGAUGCCGAUCUUUCCAUGACACCCUUUGAAGUUUUUCGAGGAGAUCCGGUUUUUCAGAAUUUGCGUAGUGCUUUACAGCAACAUCCAGAAUUAAUAGAUGCAGCCAUUCAAAGAAUUGGAGAAUCAAAUCCAGCCCUCUUGGAGUUGAUUAGUGAAAAUCAACAAGAAUUUCUAAGUAUGUUAAUAGACGGUUCUGAUGACGAUGAUGAAGAUGGCGAUGAUGGUGAGGAAUCGAGUUGAAUUGUUUUUAAAUACCACUGUAGCUGCUGAUGGUGUUGCUGCGCUGUUUCUGAGCAGCAUUCACAAUUCUUUCAAGAUUAUCUCUAAUAUACAUGCAUACCUGCAAAACUACAUACAUUCAGUACUAUAAACUACUGUUUUCACUCACAUUUCAACUUUGUUUACUUUCAAUGCCAAUAUGAAUUUUAUUGGAUAUGUUUUGAAAUGCCCCAUUACUAUUUUGAAUUUGAUGUUAUUUUAUAUCUUCGAAUAAAUUAUUCUUCAGGAAAUGAGUAUACAUUAUAUGUGAUGAA